AUGAACGUGUUUGAUGUGCUUGAAAUGCUAAAGGACCCGGAUCUACCCCGAUGGAAACACCUUCCAUUGGCCCUAAUCGUUCUUGUCGACGGUGUUCUGUUUUGCAAUAGCAAAAAUCUGGCCCUCACCGAGAAAUACGUUGCGAUGUUGACUGACUUGGAAAGGUUCAUGCUGUAUCCAUGGGGGAGGGUAUCCUUUAACAAAACAGUAUCUCGAUUUCAAGCUCCAAAGGCAAUCACGGAUGCCGAGAAAAAAGAGAACCCUGUAACACGAUUGCGCCGUCAACUUAAACAGAAAACCAGUGCAUGCUAUGGAUUCCCUCUAUCACUACAACUCAUGGCCCUCCAAUGUAUACCAAUGUUGGUUUCCAAAAUUCCUCAACCUGAUAACUUGAAGACAUUCGUUGAAGAUCCCAAAGGCUGUCAAAACGUUAUCACACUAUUGCAUCUUGGGGACAUACUUGCCGUGGAAUCCGACCCUCUGUUGUCUGUCAAACAGAUGGUAGUGGAUGAUGGUGACAAUGAGCAACAGAAUGAAUUGCGUUGGGGAGAUGAGGUAGAGGAUGCCAAAGUUGCAUUCAUGCAGGAACUCAUGGCCGAGGGGUACAAAUUCUCACCUUCGGAUUUUGCAGUGGCACCGACACCUAUCGUGGAUAUUAGUGAUGCAGAGGACGAGGUUACCAAUGAACAGGAACCUGAGCCAUCCACUCGACCGAAGAAGAAACUGAAAACUCAUCAAAUUGAAAAACGUAAGAUGCAGAGGAAGAGAAGCAGGGGCAAGAACUCUUCUAAUCUAUCGGAAGAUGAAACCCCUGAAAGUGGACAGUUUAAAGAUCUUAAAAGAUGGAUAGUAAGUCAGAAUAAUUUUCUCCUUCGUAAGAUUAAGACAGAGUUGGACAAGAGAUUGGGCGUAUACCAACAGGACGAAGAAGAUGACGAUGUACACCAGUCAAAAGAAGAUGGGGAACAUGAUGACGAAGGACAGAAUCCAAAAAAAGAUGGUAAAAAAUCGGAUGAAGACGAAGCCGAAGAUGGAGAAGGAGGUUAUGAUGGUGCACAGUCAAGCGUACGCCAUGAUGAUGGUGUACACCCCGAAGAUGGUGUACACGAGAAAGAAAGAGAUGAUGAAGAAGGGACCUCUACUUACUACGGCGGCGACCAUUAUUCUCCCAGGGACCAUGCGUACUUGAAGACUCCAGAAGCUCCGACGAAGAACCCUGAACCUGAACAAGCCAAUUCAGGAACAACUCGUCCACCUCCUUACUUCGUCAAUCCGGAUGAAGAUCCACCUUCUGGCCUCAACGAGGUGGAUGGUGGUAGAAAAAAUUUGGUGUCAGGCACCUUAGUAGUCUACAAACCUCAGACUCCUCACCCAUUGAGCUACGCAUAUAAGAAAAAUGAAGCGCAGACAGAUGCGCUUCAUGCACAGGAUGCACAGGCUGUGGCUAAUGAGGACGACUCAAAUGCGGGGAAAGAAUACCAUACUGCACCUGAGGAUGCAAGUGAUGCUUCGCAGAAGACCCCUUGUACUCCAAAACCCCCACAAGAAGUUAAGGGAUCGUCUGGUGUAAAGAGAAAAAGUAGAGGAACAGGAAGAGGAGGAAGAGGUUGA